CGGCGCCGAGGACCGCGGCCCUGCCCCUCUGGCCAGGGCCCGGGGGCCGUGCGGGGCGGGAGCCUCGGAAACCGGCGCCGGAAUCCGCGCCCCAAGGACUCCGCCGCGGGGUCCACGUGGACCCUGGGCCGCGGCGGGACUGGAGCCCGUCCCCGCGCGUGGGGGAGGGGCCGUUGCAGCCGGGUUCCCCUUUUCUGCAGCUCGAAGCCUGGGGAAGUGAUUGCUCAAAGCGGGGGGGGGGGCCGGAAGAACCCAGGUUUCCGCGUCUCCCGUGCCCCCCCUCAGCCUGUGGGGAGGGGCCGAGGCGGGACACCCGGUUUGCCCCCGCCCCCACCCUGUUGCGUCUGGCAGCCACUCAUCCCUGCCAGUCGCAGGGAAGGCGCUGCGCCCCCGGCCCGAGCCGAUCGGGGGCUCCAGGCGCCAGCCUCGCUCCAGAACGCGCAGGAGGACCUCCUGCCGUCUGACUUGAGUCCUGCUGCUGCAGUACACGCCCCUUCGGCAGCCAGGGUGGGGCCCAGAGCGAACCUGGCCCCUCCCGCCCCUGCCUCGCCUUUGGGUCGCUGGACGCCCCGCCCCAGCCCCGAGUCCUCCUUGUCUGCAGGCCUGGUCUGCUGCCCCUGCUGAGUCCCCAGGAGCAGAGCCCCAGGCUGUGGUGAGGGUCCUGGAGCAGGUACCACGGAGCCCCGGCAACCUCUUCCACCCACCCAUGCCCACCCCACCUGAGGCUGAGAAGCAGCACACAGGGCCGGAGGAGGGGGACCAGCCUCCCUCCAUGUCCAGUCGUGAUGCGGCUCCCCCAGCUCCCCCCAGGCGCAACCCCUGCUGCUUGUGCUGGUGUUGCUGCUGCAGCUGCUCCUGGAACGAGGAGCGGCGGCGAGCGUGGCGGGCCUCCCGAGAGAGCAGGCUGCAGCCCCUCCCCAGCUGCGAAGCCUGUGCCACGCCGAGCCCAGAGGAGGUGCGGAGCUGGGCGCAGUCCUUCGACAAGCUAAUGCACAGUCCAGCGGGCCGCAGCGUGUUCCGCGAGUUCCUGCGCACCGAGUACAGCGAGGAGAACAUGCUCUUCUGGCUGGCCUGCGAGGAGCUCAAGGCCGAGGCCAACCAGCACGUGGUGGACGAGAAGGCGCGGCUCAUCUACGAGGACUAUGUGUCCAUCUUGUCCCCCAAGGAGGUGAGCCUGGACUCCCGGGUGCGGGAGGGCGUCAACAAGAAGAUGCAGGAGCCGUCGGCGCACACGUUUGACGACGCGCAGCUGCAGAUUUACACGCUGAUGCACCGAGACUCCUACCCCCGCUUCCUCAGCUCCCCCGCCUACCGCGCCCUGCUCCUCCGGGGCCGCUCCACAUCCUCCAGUGAGGCCUAGACUGCCCACCGUGGCUGCCUGGACGCGGGGCCCCUCCCGCGGGCAGAGACUCCUUUCACAAAUGCGCUUCACGGUGCGGGCACACCCGCCGGGCCCAGUGCCCCGGGCGGCCCCAGGCAGGAGCUCCAGGUGCUGGGCAGGCCAGAAGCCCCCUUCCCCACCCAGAGGACCCAGCGCCCCAGGAUCCAGCUGAGAGGCGGGCGUGAGGGCCUCUGGGCCUAGGCAGCCCCUCCAGCACCACCACCCCUACUGAGCACUUCCUGCUGGGGUUCCCACCUGGUGAAAGGAGGCGCCCUCCCUGAAAGCAUCCUGGACCCACAAGGUCCUCCUCCCCGGGCCCCAGGGGCCCCUGAGAAGCGCCUUUGGUGGAGAACAGAAGCUCUGUGCUGUCUAGUUUUGUGACAAGAGGAAACCUCCAACUGAUGCCAUCUGCACCCCGGGAUCAGACCCAGGACCUCAGAACCAGGCUCAAGGCAGCAGGACCCGGCUUCUUUUAUAUGUUCAUUGAGUUUAAGCCAAUAACAUGGCACUGUGUGUUUUAUCAAAAAACAAAAACAAAGUUUUCAUAUUUAACUCCACUCCUCUUCCCCCCAAAACAGAAUCUUAUUAUUGAA